CGCGGCCCCCGCGCGGCGCGCCCGGCGCGGGGCACGCUGGGAAGGGGACUCCAAAAUGGACAACCACCGGGAUGCUCCAGGCAAGGCCAGCCGCUGGUUCGGGGUGUCCCAGUCGAAGGCAGCCAAGACGAGCGUGAACAUCCUGCAGCAGGAGGAGCUCAUCGCCCAGAAGAAGCGGGAGAUCGAGGCCCGGCUGGAGCAGCAGGCGAGGCAGAAUUCCCUGAGCAUCCCCCAGCUCCCCCUGCUCGGAGACGACGAUGGCUCCGAAGGCGACUCCUCCGUGUCCAACAAGUUCGUGAACGACGGGAGUUUCCUGCAGCAGUUCCUCAAGCUCCAGAAGGAAAAGUCAAAUGCUGAGCCGCCCCCCGAGCUCCAGUGCGGCCCCGCUGCGGCCCCGAGCGCGGGGGAGCGGCUCCCCGGGAAGCGGCAGCUCCUCAGCCGGAUGCUGCACCAGGCCCGCAGCCUCCCCAGCCCCCGGCCCGGCCCCGGCCUGGCCCUCGACAGCGUCUUCCAGGGCCCCGACGAGGACGACGACGAGGACUACGAGCAGUGGCUGGAGAUCAAAGUUCUGCCCCCAGAGGGUGAGACCCGGGAGGUGGUGGAAAAGCUGGCCAGGUUCGUGGGAGGGGGCCCCGAGCUAGAGAAGGUCGCUAUGGAGGACUACAAGGAUAAUCGGCGUUUUCGUAAGUUUUUGCACGAUAAGAACAGCAGAGAAUUCCUUUACUACAGGAAGAAAGUGGCUGAGAUAAGAAAAGAGACCUACAGGAAGAAAGUGGCUGAGAUAAGAAAAGAGACUCAGAGCUCUCAGGGAUCCUCUUCCCAGAAAGUUUCACCCCCAGAGGACGAAGAGACGAGGAAUUCGGCGGAAAAGCUGGCCAAGUUUGUGGCAGCCGGGGGGCCCGAGGCGGAGGCAAUUGCCCUGCAGAACAACAGAGAGAACCCUGCUUUCAGGUUUUUGUAUGAGCCAAACAGCAAAGGCUACAAGUAUUACAGGCAGAAGCUGGAGGAGUUCCGGAAGGCCAAGGCCAGCCCUGGCUGUGCCCCUUUCCCUGGAGAGCCCAGCCUGAAAAGGAAAACCAGCCCCGAGGCCUCACCCUCCCCUCUGUGCUUCCCCUCCCUGCCUCUGCCCCUUCCCCUGCCCGUCCCCUCCCCUCUGCCCCUUCCCCUGCCCGUCCCCUCCCCUCUGCCCCUUCCCCUGCCCGUCCCCUCCCCUCUGCCCGUGCCCUUGGCAGUGCCCCCAGCCCUCCCCGUGCCCUCCUGCCCCUCCCCAUCACCAUCCUCCUCCUCCACAACCCCCCCUGAGCAGACAGCCCCAAACCCAGCCCCAAACCCAGCCCCAAACCCCACCACCCCCCCGGCUCCGGGCACCACCAAGAAGAAGCGGAAGAGCCGGUGGGGGCCGGAGGAGGACAAGGUGGAGCUGCCCCUGCCACAGCUGGUGCAGCAGCUGGACUCUCCCUCCCCUCUCUCAGUUCAGGACCUGAAGGGCCUUGGCUACGAGAAGGGGAAGCCCGUGGGGCUGGUGGGGGUCACCGAGCUCUCCGAGGCCCAGAAGAAGCAGCUGAAGGAGCAGCAGGAGAUGCAGCAGAUGUACGACAUGAUCAUGAAGCACAAACGGGCCAUGCAGGAGAUGCAGCUGAUGUGGGAAAAGGCCAUCCAGCAGCACCAGCACGGCUACGACAGCGACGAGGAGGUGGACAGCGAGCUGGGCACCUGGGAGCACCAGCUGAGGCGCAUGGAGAUGGACAAGACACGAGAGUGGGCCGAGCAGCUGACCCAGAUGGGCAGAGGGAAACAUUUCAUCGGGGAUUUCCUCCCGCCCGACGAGCUGGAGAAGUUCAUGGAGACCUUCAAGGCGCUGAAGGAGGGCCGGGAGCCGGAUUACUCGGAGUACAAGGAGUUCAAGCUGACCGUGGAGAACAUCGGCUACCAGAUGCUCAUGAAGAUGGGCUGGAAGGAAGGAGAGGGGCUGGGCUCAGAGGGGCAGGGCAUCAAGAACCCCGUCAGCAAGGGAACCACGGCCGUGGAUGGGGCUGGAUUCGGGAUCGACCGCCCUGCUGAGCUCACCAAGGAGGACGACGAGUACGAGGCCUUCCGCAAGAGGAUGAUGUUGGCCUAUCGCUUCAGACCCAACCCCCUGAACAACCCACGGCGACCCUAUUACUGAGGAGGCUCCAGGGCUGUGAGAGGAGCUUUGCUCCCUGACUGUGAAAUGUUUCGGAACCGCUUCGUCCAUCCCUCCUUUCCCGGUAUUGUCCCAACUCCCCGAGGCCACAGCACCCCCCUCAUCCCAGGGGAAAGGCCUGGGAGCCCUCCCAGGUGCCCCCACGGGGGUUUUUGGGGAGGGAACGUGCAAGGGCAGCACCAAAGAUCCCCCAGGGAGGAGUUCAGGGGGCUCCCCCUCCGUGCUCCCGCCUUCCCAGGAGCGUGGGGGUGGUUUUUUUUGGGAUAACAGCUGGUCUUUCAUUGUCCACACCCGAAGCUUGUGCUGCUCUGGGGUUGUUUUUUUUUGUUUUUUUCCCCCCUGGAUUUUAUGUUUAAAUUUCCCACCCAAGGGAUUGUGUCCCCCCCCCCAGAGCAGGGUCAGGGCGUUGUUCUGACGGUGCCAGAGGUCUGACCUCCAGCUGACACUGCACCCCAGUGCCUCUGUUUGCCCUCUGCAUGGGGUGGAUCGUGGAUCCCAGGAUUUUAAAGGGGGUGCAGGGUGAGUUCCCUCCCCCCCAGGGGUCCCACCCCCCUCGUUUUCUGAGCACUACGUUCCCUCCCCCCGGCACAACCAGAGACUUGCCAACAACACCCCUCCCGUGCUCUGGAGGGGGAGGAAGGAGGAACCAAACCCUCAACCACAGUUUGGCAAAGGCCAUUAUUUGGGUUCUGUUGUCAUUUAAAAACAAAAACACAAAAAAACCAAAACGAACCUCCGAAAUAUGAAUUUUCUUGGUGGAGUCUGUAAAUAAAAUAAAACUUGUUUGUUCCUUA